CAACCGCUGAACCGGAAGACUUUUACCCUUUCUUGCCUUUCCAGCUGAGCCGAAUUCCGCGGUAGGAAAUCUUCAUCAUCGGGCCGUGUGUUCACUGACAAACUGACACGAUCCUGAGCCGUGAAAUGGACUCACUGAAGCGAGAAGCGCUGAGAAAUCAGACAGUCUCCCUGACUGACAACAUGAACCCCGGCCUCCUGGGACCCUACCUCUACAGCAAGAAGCUCCUCACACACGACGAGUUUGAGCGUCUCCAACUUCCCACCAUGACCACCAGAGACAGGAACCUCUUCAUCUUACAGAAAAUCCCAACGAAAGGGAGUCGUGCAUUUGACCUUUUCUGGAGUGUCUGCAGGAGAGUGGGGAGGACAGUGGGGAGGAGGUGCACCAGAACCUGGCAGAGAGACUCCAACAGCAGCUCAGCAAUCUACUGCCCCCCUAGCUACACCCUCUUCUCUCUCCUCUACAGUUACCCCAUCCCAUGGAACCCUCUCUCCUUGCAUUGUGUAUUUUGGUCAGUAUGUACCGUUUUGUUUUCAAUCUUAGGGCUAUUUUUGAAUUGGAUCUGCCAG